CCUCCGAGUUGUCUCGGUCCCGUGCUCCUUCUGGCGAUAGGGUUGGAGAGCGACGCCGCGCCGCCAUCCUCGCCGGACUCCACCAGUAACUCCGGCCGCCGCCGCCUUCUUCUCCUCCUCCAACGGAUCCGCCUGACCAUCUGCUCCGAUCCUCACCUAGGACGCGCGAGCCUAGGGUUAGCGGCGGGUGCCGCCCGGCCCGCCCAUCGCCUGACUCGGCCCUCCGCCUGUCGUCCCUCCACCUGAACCAGGCUGCUGCUCUCCUUCACGCUCACGGCCGAGCCCAGCGACGCCAGCCUCAACCCUCACUUUAAACUUCUUCUCCGGAUCUCCUCCAGUUCUUCAAAUUUUCUAGGCCCAGCUGAGUUUUCGACAUGUCUGGACGUGAGGUCCGUGAGUACACCAAUCUCACUGAUCCUAAAGAUAGGAAGUUGGGGAAGGGAAAGAUCGACGAUGAAGACGUCACCUUCCAGCGCAUGGUUGCAAAGAUGCAGGAUGUUGCUGGUGAGAGGGGAGGGUACCUUCAUGGACGAGGAGCAUUGGACAGUGAUGAUUUGCUUUACCUUAAAGAGCAAAUGGAGGCUGAGGAAGAUGCAGAGCGUCUUCUUCGCCGUACAGAGAAGCGGGCAUUCGCUGCUUUUAAGAAAGCAGCAGUUUUAGCUGAUUCUACACCUGCUAUACCCGCGGCUCUUUGUGUCGAUGCUAGACCAAAAAGUGAUAUAAGGCAACGUGAUCUCUUGAAGAAUAUUGUUGGGAUCAAACCAAAGCGACCCAAAGUUGGCAGCCCAUUGCAAGCAGCAGAGAGCGAUAUGCCUAAGCAGAACCAAGAAGUUUCUGCCAGCAAAAUCCCCUCAUGUCAGAAUCAACCACUUGGUGAACGUGAGAAAGAAUCAUCGCAUGGGCCAGUCAGUUGUGUGCAGCCUGUGUCGAAACCAGCUGAAGCAACAGAGGCUAGGACACAGAAUGUAUCUGGAAGCUUACUUGGUCUGGCGUAUGAUAGCUCAGACGAAGAAUAAGCAGUGGUGUAGGGGACAUCAUUGUAGACUCUGUUGUGUUAGUUUUUCUUUUGUGGCACCGUUGCUAGAUUAUGUUCUUGUGUCAGGACAAUGAAGAACCUUUUCUGGCUACUCCAAUAUAUUCAUCUCUAAUUCGCCAAA